UAUUUUAUUUUCGUACGAGUCCUCGAGAGACAGCGAAUUCCGGACAAAUCGGGUAAAAAGGCUUCUAUUUGCAAUGGCUUUUUUUCAGAAGGCGCGAACGAGUAGUUCAUCUUCAGCUGACAGUUUCUUAUGCCCAGUCUGCAAUGAGGAAUAUCAAGAUGAACCCAAACAACUUCCUUGCUUGCACACGAUCUGUCAAGAUUGUCUGUGCGAUGCUGCGACCGGGAAAAAUGCUCUCAAGAUCUACUGUCCCAUUGACGGCCAAGAAUUACCUCUUCCGAUGGGAGGAAUCAAAAUGUUGCCGACAGAUUUUCGUGUUUUGCGGCUCGUAGAGGCUCAUCGCGGCCAGAACAAGACGAGGAGCGAGCGAAAGCCAAGGGAGCCGAGAAAAGAAAAACCCGAGAAGGCCGAGCGCAAAAAGACGCGGAAUACUGACGAAGAUUCGGGCCCACCUUUGCAAGAGCAAGAGGAAAGAAUGAAAAAACAGCUUUCAGAGAUGAUGGCAAAGCUAAGAAGUUUGCUGGAUGAAAAGGAAAAGGCGCUUUAUAAACAGAUCGACGACGCAAUGGCUAGAGAGAAAAGAAGCUUGUCUAUGAAUGGGGCAGAGGGCGAACAGAAGAAGAGAGCCAUUUUUCUUCUUGAUCUUACGCCCAGUCGGAAAAUUUUGCAGAGCAUCAAAGAAGAAGGUUUAGCGGCCAUUCAAGGCAAUCGCAAGGCCCCCACCCUUCUUAGUGAGCUUAACACGGCCGGUAUCACCCCGUCUGGCAACAAAACAGCCACUCCUGACGCGAACUACCGCGAGGCAGCUGAGGUGAUUCGAGCCUUGAAUGUACCUCUUCAAUUUAAGAGCAUGUUCAAUCCUGGCGCUGUAGCUGUUGGCAAGAACGGACAUAUUGCUGUCACAGACUACGGUAACGAGUGCGUGUGGCUUUUCAAUCCGGAGGGGUCGUUUCUGUGUCAGAUUGGCGAGGAUGGCGAGGGGUCCAUGGAAUGUCCCGAUGGAGUCUUCUUCUUUCCCGACAACAACAUCAUCGUAUCCGAUGGGCCUUUUGAGGGACCUCAAAGCAUCCAGAUGUUUGAUAUCACCGGCCGAUUCAUCCGCUCUCUUGUGGAGGUUGAUGAUGAUGAAGACAUCAGCUUCAGCAACAUAUCCGUGGAUGAUGAUCUACGCAUCUUGGUGACGUGCAAUGGAACCCGUCCUUGCAUUCAAGUCUACAAUGCGGAUGACAAAGAGGAAUACAGUCUUGAAAUGGAGCUUGGUGGAGAACAUCUUGCCAGUCCAGGGAAGGCAAUUUUCUUUGAUGGGAAAUUCUACGUUAUUGACUCCGAUGGCUCUAAAAACAAAACCGCGAUCAAGGUGUUCAACGAAAAGGGCUCCUUAUUGCAGACCUUCGAUGAGGACAAGCAUAAUUUGGGCCAACGAGACAACAUGGGAAUUGAUAUCACGUAUCCAAUCAGGCUCGCUCUUGACAAGUCAAACAACACUUUGUUGGCUUACCACGGGAUCCCGCGCGAGAUUCGCAUUCUUCGCCCCGACGGAACUCAAGUAUCGUCAAUUAAAACAGUUUCAGGCGCGCGUGACAUUGCGUUGACAAUCGACAAGAAGAUCGUGGCGACAUGUGGAGAGGAUAGCAUUUUGUCGAGAAGUGUGCAGAUGCUUAAAUUUAACAAUAAUUAAACUUAGCCUUUAGAACUUAAAAUUUUAUGGAAAUGCGUGACUGAGACUGCGUGACCUAAAGGUUUUGUGACUCAUGGGUAUGUAAUUUUCAUGAAUUUUUGGACUUCUGCCAAAAUAUCCCCGAGACACUUCUAGCAACUGUUUAUGUGUAGAACACAAGUUGUUCUUCCUUUUCGGCGAAGUCCGUUGCGCAAGUCGAAAAAACAAAUCGGUGAAAUAAAGAAUCGAUGUUACCACACCGCAGAGAACUCUAGGAGUGCGCCUCCCUCCUUGAAUUCGACGCGGUUUUUUACUUUUUUAAUUUUUUGACCUGCACGAUGUGAUGUUACGGAAGCUAAAUAAAUUUCAAUAACUACUGACGUUUUAUAAUGUUGCAACACGGAAAGAACGAAAGUGCAGAAUGCCUAAAAAAAUCCUGACGUGAUGACCUUGCUCCUCAGAGAUAUCUUUAUUUCAGCAGUUAACAGUUGGAGGACAGGUAAAGGUUUUAAACUUAUAGUACUUGCAGAUAUAAUAAACUGCUAUUAAACUACAAAACAUAUUCGUUUUAUUUACCAGCAUCUUUAAUGGAAAGAUAAUACUCAGAUUUUAGAAAUACCUCUCAUUGUAAAGAAUCUUAUAAAAAGCACUCUUAAUAGAUAUCAAUUUUCAUUUAAAUUUGUAAUUUCAUUCUUUGAAAUGAUGGGUGGAAAUUUUAUAACUUUAUUUCAGUUAAA